CACACCGUUAUGAAGUCCUUGUCAGUGUCAAUAGGACCAUUUUGGGCCAGUGAAUGCUAACACAAAUGAUUAACAAAAAACUUUAUGUACUGUAUGUUUUAUUUAGAAAUGAGUGAAAUAAAAAACGUUAUACAGUAUAUACCAUAUAACUAUGAUAACUAUAACAAAAAAUAUCAAUACCAUAGAUGCUGUUGAAAUGAAUAAUUGAGUGCUUUUUGCUCUGACCAAUCGGAGGGCGGAAAAAUGUUGAAGUCAUUGUGUGACCCGGUGAAGAUGAAUUUGAAAUCCAGUGAUCCAUUUUUGCAUCUCGCUUGCGCUGGGUAUGGGGGGGGGGGUGUAUUCAGCCAAUAAGCAGUUUCGACGGAAAAGGGGGUAAGAUAUAUAUAUACAUGUAUAUUAUUUUUAUUUAACCAAAAAACUACGCGUACGCCGAGCCCCGAAUAUGCGGGGGUCCACUGUCAUUGUUUCCACUGUAACCCGCCCCUCCCUUCUCGAGCUGUCAAUCAAAGUGAGCCAGGCCCCGCCCCUUCCUCCCCGCACGUCUCGCGCCAGUUGAGCUCAGCGAGUAAAUAGCGAGAGAAGCCUCAAGAUGGCUGACUCACUGAGCUCCGUCCGCCUCGGCAGCGGAGCCGCGGCGACCGCCCCCAUCGAGGGCUCGCUUCCCAAGCCCUCGGAGGCGAAGAGAGCCCCCGAGAACCGCCCGCAGUCUUCCCGGGACUUGAACUCGCCGCCGCCCAAGAAGCUGCGAGUGGAGGAGAGGACCGUCAAACCAAAGAAAGUCGUCCGGGAUGGAGGAGGGCUGCUGGGAGACAACUGUAACGGGAAAGAGAAACUCCAGCAGCCGACGAAGCAGCCGAGUCUCGCGACGGUUUUGUGGAGCCUCAGCCCGGCCGGUGCGAGCGCGAGUGCCGCGUUGGUCCACACAAUCAGCGGAAGCCAAGCACCCGCCGCCGCCGCCGCCCACAAAAUCUUGAAGCAGAGCGAUUUCUUGCUCCACAAGGCGCCUCCCUUCGCUAAAAACAAGAAGCCUAGCAAGGAUAAGGGCGACGUGAAAAAGAAACUAUUCGUGACGCCCGCUAACAACGACAUGAGCAGAGUCAGCCACAUUUCUCCGGUGAAAAGGCAAAACGGGGAUGUCACGUUGCCACAGAAAGAGCUCCUCCACAAGGACAAGACUAAAGAGCGGGAGCGCGAGGAGAGGAAGAAGCACAAAGUGAUGAACGACACUAUUAAGCGGGCGAAUGGAGAGGUCAAGCAGCCCAUUAAAGAUGGCGGCGUCAAAGCCAAGAUCAACUCUGAGCUGCAAAUCAAAAAAGUCAAGAAGAAAAAGAAGAAGAAACACAAAGAGGGGGAGAAGCACAAGCGAGUGAAAAUGUACCACCGCUCGUGCCAAACCAUUUGUGCCGGCCUGGUCCGCCUCCCCUCCGCCCCCCCUCUGCUCACCAAUCCGUCCCGCCCCGACCCCGCCGGGGACGCCACCGUGUCUCCGUUUAAAUUGCCGCUGCCCGUUGACCCUUCGCCCAGCAACAAAAGCGCACACCUGCAGCCCUCUUACGUUAACUCCUCUCCGCACAAGAGCCCGCAGCCUUCCCCGAACAAGCACCCGGCACGCUAUAUCCAUCCCGGCCUGUCGGGCCUGGAGUUCGCCGCUUACAUCCAUAUCGAGCCUCAGCCUAACGGAGGGGCACUCGUGGCCCACGCCUUCGCCUCGCAGCUGUCCUCGCUCUCCACGGGCCAGAGGCAGAGGUUCGCCCAGGAGUUUGUCACCCUGGCGUUCAGCGAGGACUCGUCGCAGGCCGCACAUUACGUCAUGGGCAUCGUCCACGGAGAAGCCGCCUACCUGCCCGACUUCCUGGACUACUUUUCCACCAAGUUCUCAUCGGCUCCGGUCAAAAUGGAGAUCCUGGGAAAGAAGGACAUAGAAACCACCACAAUGGCUAAUUUCUACUCUCAGGUAAAGAGGACCUACAGCCACGGCACAUACCGAGCCGGGGCGAUGCGGCAGAUUAGCCUGGUGGGGGCCGUGGACGAGGAGGUCGGCAACUUCUUCCCCGAAUUCCUCGCCAUGCUGGAGGAGUCGCCCUUCCUGAAGCGCACUCUUCCGUGGGGAACGUUGUCCAGCCUGAGCCUGAUGAGUCCCGACGAGAGCGACGACGGGCCCAUCAUGUGGGUGAGACCGGGAGAGCAGAUGAUACCUCUGGCGGACAUACCAAAAUCUCCUUUUAAAAGAAAACGGUCCACCAACGAGGUGAAAAACCUCCUCCAGUCCCUGCCCAGGACCAGCGAGCCCAGAGAGAUGCUGUUCGAGGACCGGACGCGAGCCCACGCCGACCACAUCGGCCAGGGUUUCGAGCGUCAGACCACGUCGGCGGUGGGCGUGCUGAAGGCAGUGUGCUACAAAGAAGGCUCGGAGCCUCCUCGCGUAACCAAAGACGUCGUGUGCUUCCACGCUGCUGAUUUCCCAUACGUGGUUCAGCGGCUGCAGUUGGAUUUAUACGAACCUCCGCUCUCUCAGUGUGUGCAGUGGGUGGACGAUGCCAAGCUGAACCAGCUGCGUCGAGAGGGAAUCCGCUACGCCCGCAUCCGCCUGUGCCACGACGACAUCUACUUCAUCCCGCGCAACGUGGUCCACCAGUUCAAGACGGUGUCGGCCGUCUGCAGCCUGGCCUGGCACGUCCGCUUAAGGCAGUAUGAGCAGGGAAGCCAGGAAGAAGAGGUGAAGGAGGAAGAGGAGGAGGUGGGCAUAAUGGAAGGAAAGAAGGGUGAUGAAGAAGAAGGAGAAGAAAGAAAGGAGAGGAUAAAAGCGGAGGAGGAUGAGGAGGAGUCAGGCGCAACUAGGGACAGGACGUUGCAAACACUGGAAGAUCAUCCUCUUCCUCGUUCAGUCCUUUUCGUCUCCGCCGGCUCGCUCGGCGGACUCUGAGCUGAGAGCGAGCGACGAGCCGGAGGAGAAGGAGGUCGCAAAGGAUGACGGGAGACCCGAACAGCCGCAAUCACCUCAGAAAGCGGAACC